AUGUUCAAGCCCGCUUCGUCGCUGCCGCCCGAGAUCCUGCACGAGAUUUUUGGAUACCUCGGCGACUGGGGCCAGUUCAUUGCCCACAGAGAUCCAGAGGACAUGUUCUACAAUGCCUCGGAUAAGCUACGCAAAGCCGCCAAGAGCCAUCUUGUCGCAUGUGCCCUGGUCUGUCGUCAGUGGGCCCUCGUUGCCAUCCCAGAGAUAUGGAAAGAUGUUACUUUCGACCAUUUACUGAGGAUCUCGGCCGACAGUGUUGUGUCAAACUUCUGCUCCGCCCUGGCCUCCCGCCUACGCUUCUCCUCCCCGCUUGAGCCGAGUCUGCCUCUGCAGCGUUUCCUCAACGCACGCUUCAUCCGGCACUUGACGGUGCGUCUCUUUUCGCUACCAUCAUACACCAAAUCACCAUCGUGGGAACUGCCCUCGGCGCUGAUCAAUUCACUUCGGUCGCUUGAGUCGCUGCGCAUCGAUACCGACUUUUCCGAAAACAGUCACCACCUCAACCUGUUUCUGAAGAACCUCGUUGGCUUUACCCCAAAACUGCGUCAGUUUUUCAUCGUCGGUGGCUCGCGAAUGUCCAACCCGAUGCUCAUACAGAUUGCCAUGAAAUGUCCCCGACUCGAAACCUUUCUGAUGAUCGGCCACUUCCCCAACAUCUCCUCCCGGGCGAUUGCCCGCUUUCUGACACUCUUGCCGCACCUGAAAGCCUUCAAGUUCGGCGAUCCCGAGCGCGUGCUCAUCCGCAACCUGUUUGAGGGCCACUGGCUCGGUGGCCUGAUGGACAUUGGCCCACCCGGCGAUCACGCCGACGACUUUGCCGACCUUGCCCCCGAUGCCGAUCUUGCAUCUGGUGCCAACUCACCCGCCCCUCAGGCCAUUCCUGAAAACAUGAUCGGCAUCACCAUCGAGUGGGACCACGACGGAGAGGGUAUCCAUGUGGUCAGCACUCCGCCUCUCCCACCACACACCCUCGGUAUUGGACAGCAGCCCCAGCCAGACUCGCUACCAAAUGGCCCCGGCCAAGUGCCCCCAAAGGACCCCAUCUUCGAGAACCUGGCCUUGCGCACCCCAAAUUUGGAGACGCUUAUGUAUCUGGAGCUUGAUUUUCUGGACCCGGCGGUCGUGCGCUCGGUCCUGGCGUCGCACGACCACCCCUUCCCACGCCUCAAGGCCAUCAUCGCCAACGAUGCCUCCGAGCCCAUCCUCGAGCUCAUGCGCCGCUUCAAGUCGGUCGAUACACUCGAUCUGCGCUGCGUCACCCGAAACCAUAUCAUCAGCCUCCUGGAAUGCAUGGCCGAGAUGCCGCCCGACCUUGCUCUCCCCCUUACCUCGGGCGGGCCAAGCAUGACGACGCCAUCGUCCGCCGGCGGUAUCGCUCACGUCGUGCCUCCGCACAACCUUGGCAGUCGUCUGGUGGCUCUGUCGCUCAAAUUCUACAUCGGCGACGACGGCGACGACGGCCUCUGGCUACGCCAGGCUCUCCGUAUCCUGUCCAAGCUGUGUGUGCGCCUGCAGCAUCUCAAGAUCGAUAUAUGGGCAUCCGAGCCCAAGGACGACCUCCUGGAUGACGAGAUGUGCGUUGCCUUUGCCCUGAGCUGCCCGAACCUGACCCAGGUCUCUGUAUCGCUGUCGUUCCUAUCGGGAUCGGCCUCGUGCUUCUCCGAUAUCUCCGUCGACGCCUUCUUGCGGUUCUGUCCAAGACUCCGGCACCUCGAGAUUCGCCGAGGGCGCUUCUCCUCGGGCCUGUUCUUGGACGACCACCAGCGCCGCAAGUACUCCAAGACGCUGUCGCUCGAGACCCUCAUCUUGGACUCGGUCGAGGGACGUGUAUCCGAGCUCUUGGUCCAUGCGCCUGCGUCGCUGCGGUACCUCGAGAUCUUUGAUGCAACGCAGUGGACCUGGAAAACUCUUCUGCCAGCGCCGUCGCGUGCGCCGUCGGCCUGGCUCACACGGCGACUCAUCCAGAGACGACACGGAGGUUCGUGGGGUGGAUCGUUGGCCGGCCAGUCGCCGUCUUCGUCGCCAGAGUCUCCGCUGCCAUCAGCUUCUCUCGAGGCGACUACAGAGCCACCGCCGCAUACUCCGGCAUCGCUGCGGCUCUGGGAAGCCUUCACCGACAUGGCGGAUACGGAUCCAGCCCCCUUGAAGACCCCUGGCAGGUUUUUGAUUGGCACGGCUCUGGCCACGAUCAGCAUCACCGCCAUCGUCGCAGCCAUGUUUGCUGUCACGACUCACUGA